GUUCUGAUUGUGGAGUAACCGAGAGGGGAGCAAGGGCGGCUACGGUUGUACAAUGCCGAAUAAAACGAAAAAAGAUAAGGAGACCCAUAAGUCUGGCAAAGUGGGCAAGAGUGGAGGACAAGAAAAUUCAGAACAUGAGAGCGCUAACAGGAAGGCGAGCAAUAGUGUUCCUCCCACCACUCAGCUGCUAAAGGGAAAGCAGCCAGGUUCCCAGACACCUGUCAAAAAGGACAAGAGGCAGAGCUCCUCUCGCUUCAGCUUGAGCAACAACAGGGAGUUACAGAAACUGCCUGCUUUCAAAGAUGUUCCCCCUGCAGAGCAGGAGAAGCUGUUCAUCCAGAAGUUGCGGCAGUGCUGCGUCCUCUUCGAUUUUGUCUCAGACCCACUGAGUGAUCUGAAAUGGAAGGAGGUGAAACGGGCGGCACUAAGCGAGAUGGUGGAGUACAUCACCCACAACAGGAACGUCAUCACAGAACCCAUCUACCCAGAGGUCGUUCACAUGUUUGCUGUGAAUAUGUUUAGGACGUUGCCGCCAUCAUCCAACCCCACAGGUGCUGAGUUCGACCCAGAGGAAGAUGAGCCCACGCUAGAAGCAGCAUGGCCACAUCUACAGCUCGUCUAUGAAUUCUUCCUACGGUUCUUAGAGUCACCUGACUUUCAACCAAACAUAGCCAAAAAAUAUAUUGACCAGAAGUUUGUAAUGCAGCUCUUAGAACUGUUCGACAGUGAAGACCCCAGGGAAAGAGAUUUUUUAAAGACCACUCUUCAUCGCAUCUAUGGCAAGUUCCUGGGCCUGCGAGCGUACAUUAGGAAACAGAUUAAUAACAUAUUUUAUAGGUUCAUUUAUGAGACUGAACAUCAUAAUGGAAUAGCAGAAUUACUGGAAAUAUUAGGCAGCAUUAUCAAUGGAUUUGCAUUACCAUUGAAGGAAGAGCACAAGAUAUUCCUGCUGAAAGUUCUUCUGCCAUUACACAAAGUCAAGUCUCUUAGUGUGUAUCACCCACAGCUGGCCUACUGUGUGGUACAGUUCUUGGAGAAGGAUAGCACCCUCACAGAACCGACGGUGAUGGCUUUGUUAAAGUAUUGGCCAAAGACCCACAGUCCAAAAGAGGUGAUGUUUCUCAAUGAACUGGAGGAGAUCCUGGACGUCAUCGAGCCUUCAGAGUUUGUCAAAGUCAUGGAGCCCCUCUUCAGACAGUUGGCCAAAUGUGUGUCCAGCCCACACUUUCAGGUGGCAGAACGAGCUCUGUACUACUGGAACAAUGAGUAUAUCAUGAGUCUGAUCAGUGACAAUGCCGCCAAGAUCCUGCCCAUCAUGUUCCCAUCCCUCUACCGCAACUCCAAGACCCACUGGAACAAAACGAUCCAUGGGUUGAUCUACAAUGCUCUGAAACUCUUUAUGGAGAUGAACCAGAAGCUGUUCGAUGACUGCACCCAACAGUUCAGGGCAGAGAAAAGCAAAGAGAAAGCCAAAUGGAAGGAGAGAGAAGAAGCGUGGCUGAAGAUUGAGAAUCUGGCAAAAUCAAACCCACAGUUUCUGAUGUACAUUGACUCGGUGGGCUCAGACAGUCCGAUGGACAUGGAGACAGACGGGCCACUGCUUGAUGAUGUCAACUUGCUAAAGAAAACAAUGGAGGAGGAAGCCACACAGGUCAGCAGUAUCCAAAAAGAUCAGCGUAGAGAGCGCCCGUUGAUGCGGAGGAAAUCAGAACUCCCCAAGGACAUCUGCACUGUCACAGCCUUGGAGUUGCACCGGAGAGCCGAGGAAAUGUUGACAACGCACGACGGCCACUAAGAGACCACACCAGAUCCACCGUAAACCAGCAGCAGCAGCAGCAUCCACCACAGAGGAACCACAGGCCCACAGGGGCCAGCACAACAACAGAACUCUGGUAUCUCAGUCUAGCCCAGCACAACACAGAGCUGAACAGCCCCAGCUCCACCUGACACGGAAAAUGUCUAAAGCCGCACAUCUAAGCCUGGUUCGGCUUUCCGGGACAAGCGGUGCUCUGUCCCUACUGACCCGCCCUCCCCCAUGCUCUUUAAUCCACCUGGUUGUUGUCCAGCAGAGACAUCUGUGGUGCUGGAUGGUCCUGCAUGACCACCACAUGCACCGCGCCCUGAACUUCACCCAAGAUACUGUAGUGUCAUUAUCUCCUUUUCCUCCCUUGUUUUUUCUCUUCUCCUGUCCUCCCAACCUUUUGUUUCGGGGUGCUGUGCUGCCCCCUUCUGGUCGUUUCUCUCAGGUGUUCUGUUCUGUGUGUGUGAGCCGUCUUCUCCUCUUGCCUCUUCUUUAUAGAUGUCAGGUGCUUGUACAAAUAAUAUGAGCCCCCAACUGUAACCUCCACAGAGGAUGUCUCCAGUUUAAUUUAAAAAAACAAAACAAAAAAGGAAAAGGAACAGAAAAAAACAUCAGUUGAUGUUAAAUGUCAGUUGUUUCUAUAUAUUUAAUAUUAGCUAUUUUCUCAUAACAUUUAAACAAGACAGCUGUUUCUAUUUUUUCCUACAUAGUAUAUUAGGAGCUCCUCUCAGAGUCAAACACACUUCCUGUCUGUAUAAAUGUUCUGUUUGGAGGUUACAAUUUUUUCUCAGUUCAUUUUCCAUUAGCUGCGAAGUUUCAUUGAUCAUUCUGUUAAUCAGGACAGGGUCAUCUGGGACUCCCAGUAGAAUGUGUCAGGAUCAAAAGAGUUACGACACAGUCCAAAGUGCUGGUCUGACGAGAUCCAGGCUCCCGGUUUUUCACUGAACAGAUCUUUGUGGCAUCUCUGUGUAGAAGCCUAGUUUAGUGCCAACUACGCUCAUUAAUUUAGUUCCUUUCUUGAAAACGAUCCUUUUAAAUGUGUAGGCAAUAAGUUCAGAUGGUUGCAGUGUGUGUCGGCAGCUCAAACAAUAGUUUGUUAUAUGUUUAGAUCCAUUUGAUUGGUCCUUGGGAUGAAUCCAGCCCGAGCCCGGCUGACUGCACCAGUUACAUGAGAGGGGAUUGUGGGAUUUAUUUUUGGUUGCCGUUCGCAUCCCGUCGCCGUAGGAGUGUGUUUAACAUGGUCAUUAGCAUUCAGUACAAGUCACUGUCGUUCAUGUGAGGCUUACGAGAGGUCAGAGAUGUAGUUGCUCAUCUGGGAUUUACACAAUGUUGCUGUGUGUUGAGAGAAGUCAGACGGGGGCAGAGACCAUGCUGAUAGUGACUGCUUUCUCUACUCUUCUCAAGCAAGACCCUUUUAUUUAUAAAACACUUGUUCGAGAUUAGACUGCUUCAUAGAUGAGGUAUGUUUGGUUUGAAGAGGUCAAACAUAAGCCUUUCUUUUCACAGUGCCUUUUAUAGUGUAAGGGGAUAUUUGCUCAACCGAGAAUCGAGUAGUAGCAUGAGUUAAAAUGCCAGAUCUGUUAAAAAAAAAAAAAGAGAGAAAAAGAAUAAAAAAUAUUUGUGACAUUG